AUGGCUGCGGCCAGUUUGGCCGUUCUUUGUAGAAGAGUUUCAGCUACGCUGCAGGCUUCCAGGUCAUUAAUAACUCCUCAGGCCCCUGCUAGCACAGGUUGCAGGUUUUCUGUUAGUUUGUUGCCUAAGAAUACACCAAACGUCACAUCCUUUCACCAGUGUAGAUUACUUCAUACCACAUUGUCAAGGAAAGGACUGGAAGAAUUUUUUGAUGAUCCAAAGAAUUGGGGGGAAGAAAAAGUGAAGUCUGGAGCUUCAUGGACCUGUCAGCAAUUAAGGAACAAAAGUAAUGAAGAUUUACAUAAACUUUGGUAUGUCCUACUGAAAGAAAGAAACAUGCUCCUAACUCUAGAGCAGGAGGCCAAGCGACAAAGAUUGCCAAUGCCAAGUCCAGAGAGGUUAGAAAAGGUAGUAGAGUCCAUGGAUGCCUUAGAUAAAGUUGUCCAAGAAAGAGAAGAUGCCCUAAGGCUUCUUCAGACUGGUCAAGAAAAUGCUAGACCUGGUGCUUGGAGAAGAGACAUUUUUGGAAGAAUCGUCUGGCACAGGUUCAAGCAGUGGCCUAUACCUUGGCACCUUAAUAAAAGAUACAAUAGGAAACGAUUCUUUGCAAUGCCUUAUGUGGAACGUUUUGUCAGACUGAGAAUUGAGAAACAAGCUCGUAUUGAAGCAAGGAAGAGAAGUUUAGAGAAAAAGAAAGAAAAAUUUCUUCAGAAAACGUUUCCACAUCUUUCUGAAGCCCAAAAGUCAAGUCACGUCUAAGAUGUCCGAACUCUUAAUUUACCGUUUUGUUUUUCUUGCAUAAUAGCCUGUAUACAAAAGUAAAUAUAUGUUAAGUGGUUUAUAAAGAAA